AUGGCCUGGACAUACCUCGACACCCCAGACAAAACAAGAAAAAACAUAUCUUACCUUACCUAUGUCUACAACUCAUCGUCACCAUCAUUAUCCAACAACGCCCGGCCGGCGGUCGGCGACGGCUCCGGCGACCAUCCUCCGCCACCUUCCCCACCGUCAAAGCCUCCCCGUGAACUCACUACAAAUAAUAUUGUGCCCUCGCCACCUACGAAAUACGACGCCUUCAUCAGUUUCCGGGGAGAGGACAUUCGCGACCAAUUCCUCAGCCACCUCUUCCGCCAUCUCAACGAGGUCAAGAAGUUCGAGACGUUCAAAGACGACACAAAGAUCAAAGGAGGAGACGAGAUCUCGCCUACGCUGUCGCGAGCAAUAGAAGGGUCGGCGGUGUACGUGGUGGUGCUGUCUCCCAACUACGCCACGUCGAAAUGGUGUUUAGAAGAGCUUGUGAAGAUCACGGAGUGCAGGAGGCAAUACGGACGGAAGGUGAUUCCGGUGUUCUACGGCGGAGUGGAUCCUUCUAGUGUGAGGAAUCAGGGUGGGAGCUUUGGUGUGGCGUUUUCUCAGCACGAGAAGGUUCUUCCAAAGGAGAUGAUGGGAAGGGUGGAGAGGUGGAAGGCUGCGUUGAGGGAAGUGGCUAAUCUCUCUGGGUUCGACUCCAGAGUCAUUAAGAAUGAGGAUCAGCUGGUGAAGAAGAUCGCAGAAAGCGUAAUGGCAGCAAUCAUCCCGACUCUACACCCACUCUCUCCGCCUCAAAAGGGACUCGUCGGAAUAGACCACCAGCUCUCCAAACUGGAGCACCUCUUACGCUUCGACGACCAACAGCACAACCUCACAAUCGGGCUGUGGGGAAUGGGCGGGAUCGGGAAAACCACUCUCGCCAGAGCCAUCUUCGACCUCCACUCUUCCCAAUUCGAGGCCUUCUACUUCCUCCAAGAGUUCACCGGCCAGCUGAGGAAAUCGCCAUCCCAGCUGGCCGAGAUACAGGACAAGCUCUUCUCAACCCUACUUGGCGACGCGAACUCGGGCGCUAUACCGUCCGACCUGAAACUGAGGCGGCUGCGCCGUUUGAGGGCGCUGGUGGUGGUCGAUGACGUGGCGAGAAGCAGCAUGAGAGCGUUGGAGGAGCUACUGGAAGGGAGCUACUGCGAGCUGUUUGGAGAAGGGAGUAGGGUUUUGCUGACGAGCGAGGACCAGCAGGCGCUGAAUACGGUGUCGGAUAAGGUGUAUGAAGUGGAAGCCUUGGAUGAUAAGCAAAGUCUUCGGCUUUUCAGCUUGUGUGCGUUUAAAGAGGAUCGUCCACCUGAUGAUGAGUAUUUGGAUAGGUGUAUGAGAGUUGUGUCGUACGCUAAUGGCAACCCUCUGGCUCUCAAAGUUUUGGGCCCAAGCUUCUUGAACAAGCCGAUGGAGUACUGGGACGGUGUUUUGGGGAGGCUAGGUGCCGGUUCAGGUAACAAAGAAAUUCUGGAUAUACUCAAGAUUAGCUACGAUGGAUUGGAGAAGGAAGAGCAGCGCGUGUUCCUUGACAUUGCUUGUUUGUGUAACCAUGAAAGCUGGAAAUCAUUGUGGAAGAAGGUUUUGGAUGAAGAUAUUGUUACCAACUUGGUUGAUAAGUCCCUUUUAAGGAUCAGUGACGACUCCAGUAGUGGGCUUAUAGAAAUGCCUGGGUUGCUGGAAGAUCUGGGUAAGAGCAUUGUCAGAAAACAAGAAGGAAAGCUCAAGGAACGCUCUAGGUUGUGGGAUGCCGACGAGGCAGCAACUCUUUUCAACGAAAACAUGGGAACAUGUGCAACUGAAGGCAUCUUCUUGGAUUUGGGUGAGACGAAGGAGGAGGUAUCCAUGGCGGCGGAUGCAUUUGAGAGGAUGAGGAAUCUGAGAUUGCUUCGUAUCCGAGAAGAGGAAGCUGAGGAACCAUGUGUUGAUCCUUACCGAUUUUAUCUCUUCCAUAAUCCUGAUCGGAAGGUGGGACUCCAUUGGUGGUGGGGGCUGAAUUCCCUUCCUAACAAGCUCAAGUAUCUUGACUGGGAUUUGUUUCCGGCCACCUCUCUGCCCCGGAAAUUCUCCGCUCGACAUCUGGUCAUACUCAGGCUCAAACACAGCAACAUCCAACAAUUGUGGCAGGGGGUCAACGUGGAUGUGGGGAAUUUGAAAGAACUGGAUCUCUACGACUCCAAGUACCUGAAAACGCUGCCGGACCUCUCGACGGCGAAAAAGCUGGAGUCGAUCGACCUUUCCAAUUGUGUUAGGCUCGUGGAGCUUCAUCCCUCAAUCCUGCUCCUUCCAAAGCUCAAAUCCCUCGACCUCCGCAACUGUAGAAAAGUGAGGUUUGGGAAUCUGGACUAUUACUAUAACACAAACAUUCGAGCGAGUGGCGGAAGAAGAAGAAGAAUUAGUAGAAGCAGAAGUACGAAUACGGUGGCCAGGUUACCGAGCCUGGAAGAGCUGAACUUGGAGAGGACGCCAAUCAAACAAGUCCCUGAGUUCAUCCGCCGCGGCGGCGCUCCACUUCUGACUGCGCUCAAUUGCACGGCCUGCCCACUCUCUGAAUUCCCGGUUGUCGCAGGGGUCAAACAGUUGACUCUCAAUGUUACGUAUAUCGAACAGCUACCAACCGAGUCCAGCGAGGCUAUUAUCCAGUUGGAGGUUCUAGUCUUUCGAUACAACCCUUACUUCUCCCACCUCUCCGACAGCUUCACCAAGUGGAAGUCCCUUAAAAUACUCGACCUCCAUGAUUGCCGCGAGCUUAGAGAGUUCCCGGAAAUCCUGGAACCAGUGGAGGCGCUGUCCCAGCUUUAUCUAGCCGGCUGCACCAACAUUUCUAGACUUCCGGACAGCAUCUGCAACCUCGUAGGUUUGGAGAAGCUCCAUUUAUCUCGCACCGGAGUCAGACAGCUGCCUGCUUCCAUCGGAGAUCUGAACCGCCUGUCGGUAUUAUCGCUCUACGAAUGUGAGAGCCUGGUGAGCCUGCCCGACACCCUCUCAAAACUGCCCGCACUCGUAGCUCUCGACAUAACUAGCUGCCAUCAGCUCUCCGAUUUGCGCUCGGAUCAGCUUCCUAAGUCAUUGAAAUACGUGUCUGCUGUUGAAUGCAAGCCUGAAAUCCAAGAGAUAGUGAAAUUGAAUGUGCCCAAAGAUCCUGACGCAGAUCCUCAUUACGUAAUGCCUGAUUUGUAUGCAAUGCUCGGGGACUAUUCUUAA